CUCUUCAACGCCGUCAUGAACCCCAAGGGCGCCAACGUGCCCCACACGCUCCCUAUGCGGCUCCGCAAACUGCCGGACUCCUUCUUCAAGCCGCCGGAGCCCAAGGCCCACUCCCGCCAGGCCAGCACAGAUGCAGGAACGGCAGGAGCCCUAACUCCUCAACAUGUCCGUGCUCACUCCUCUCCAGCUUUGUUGGGAACAGUUUCUCCAGGUGCACUUACUCCAUCUGGUGUAGUUCCUGGAGGUACACCCUCUCAGCAUCUCCGUCAAUCAUCUUUUGAAAUCCCUGAUGAUGUGCCCCUACCACCAGGUUGGGAGAUGGCAAAGACACCUUCUGGCCAGAGAUAUUUUCUGAAUCACAUUGAUCAGACAACAACAUGGCAGGAUCCAAGGAAGACUCUCCUUUCCCAAAUGAAUGUUACAGCUCCUACAAGCCCUCCACUGCAGCAGAACAUAAUGAAUUCAGCAACUGGCCCGCUCCCUGAAGGAUGGGAACAAGCCAUGACCCAGGAUGGAGAAAUUUACUACAUAAACCAUAAGAACAAGACUACAUCUUGGCUAGAUCCAAGACUUGACCCACGUUUUGCUAUGAACCAGAGAAUCAGCCAAAGCGCUCCAGUGAAACAGCCACCACCACUGGCCCCCCAAAGUCCUCCUGGUGGAGUCCUGGGAGGGGGCAAUUCCAGUCAACAGCAACAGAUAAGACUGCAGCAGCUGCAGAUGGAAAAAGAAAGGUUGCGACUGAAACAUCAAGAACUGCUUCGGCAGGCGUUGCGGAAUAUCAAUCCCAGCACAGCAAAUUCUCCAAAACGUCAGGAAUUGGCGCUCCGUAGUCAGCUUCCCAGUAUGGAACAAGAUGGCACCCAGAAUCGAGUUUCCUCUCCUGGAAUGUCUCAAGAACUGAGAACAAUGACCACAAAUAGCUCAGAUCCCUUUCUUAACAGUGGAACAUAUCACUCCAGAGAUGAGAGCACAGACAGUGGCCUCAGCAUGAGCAGUUACAGUAUUCCUAGAACUCCGGAUGACUUCCUUAAUAGUGUUGAUGAAAUGGAUACAGGUGACACUAUCAACCAAAGCACCAUCCCCUCCCAUCAGAACCGUUUUCCAGACUACCUUGAAGCCAUUCCGGGGACUAAUGUGGACCUUGGAACACUGGAAGGUGAUGCAAUGAAUAUAGAAGGAGAGGAACUGAUGCCAAGCCUACAAGAAGCUUUGAGCUCCGAUAUCCUUAAUGACAUGGAAUCUGUGUUGGCAGCCACCAAGCUAGAUAAAGAAAGCUUUCUUACUUGGUUAUAGGGGCCUCGGGGAGAUGGAAUUUGAAAUCUUUGAAGGAUCUAAGGAGAUAAGACAUGUACCUGUUGUUGAGAACGAGCCUGUAUCAUAAAGGCAUCUUGGCUUAUGAUCAGAGAGGAAAACAUUUUAUUGAACAAAAUACUUCAGAUUUUAUUGAUCCAAUGUUUUGUUCUUUUUUUGUCCAAUCGCUGCUGUUAUAUCGCUGACCUCUUUCACAUUGACUCUGAAGAAUUCAGUUUUUUUUUUCUGUUGCAACUACUGUUCAGCAUGGUGGUAAUGGACAGGGAGAGGAUGGGAAAGUUGAGAGAGAAAGAGACCAGCUAUAUUUCUGGAUAAUGUCUACCAUUCCUUUUGCCCUGCUUUCUGUUUGCUUGUCCUUUUCUUUGACUAAGGCUGUCGUGGAGCUUCAGCUUUUGUGUGUUGGC